UCGGCCGGGACCAUGGACCCGACGGUGGCUCCCGGCGAGGUGCUCAUGAGCCAGGCCAUCCAGCCGGCGCACGCCGACUCCCGCGGCGAGCUGAGCGCCGGGCAGCUGCUCAAGUGGAUGGACACCACCGCCUGCCUGGCGGCUGAAAAGCAUGCUGGGAUUUCCUGUGUCACAGCCUCAAUGGAUGACAUUCUAUUUGAGGACACGGCUAGAAUUGGACAAAUUAUUACCAUCAGAGCAAAAGUGACUAGGGCAUUCAGCACAAGCAUGGAGAUCAGUAUCAAGGUCAUAGUCCAGGACAAGUUCACUGGCGUCCAGAAACUCCUCUGCGUGGCUUUCUCUACGUUUGUAGCUAAACCAGUUGGCAAAGAAAAGGUUCACUUAAAGCCUGUUCUGCUUCAAACGGAGCAAGAGCAGAUCGAGCACAGUCUGGCUUCGGAGAGAAGGAAAGUCCGAUUACAGCAUGAGAACACCUUCAGCAACAUUAUGAAGGAGAGCAGCAGGCUCAGCGAUCCCAUUUGUAAUGAAGAAGAAGGAACGGCCACCACCGUGGGCACCUCCGUCCAGAGCAUCGAGCUUGUCCUCCCACCCCACGCAAACCAUCAUGGAAACACAUUUGGCGGUCAGAUCAUGGCAUGGAUGGAGACAGUUGCUACCAUUUCUGCAAGCCGCCUGUGUUAUGGGCAUCCCUUUCUGAAGUCUGUGGAUAUGUUUAAAUUCCGGGGACCUUCCACAGUUGGAGACCGCCUUGUCUUCAAUGCCAUAGUCAACAACACCUUUCAGAACAGUGUGGAAGUCGGAGUGCGUGUUGAGGCCUUUGACUGUCAGGAGUGGGCCGAGGGCCGAGGCCGCCACAUCAACAGUGCUUUUCUCAUUUACAACGCUGUUGAUGACCAGGAGGAACUCAUCACCUUUCCCAGAAUCCAACCCAUUUCAAAGGAUGAUUUUCGACGUUACCAGGGAGCUAUCGCACGAAGGAGAAUUCGCCUAGGCAGGAAAUAUGUUAUUUCCCACAAGAAAGGAGUUCCACUCAGCCCACAAUGGGAUAUAAGCAAAAAGGGAUCCUUAAGUAACACCAAUGUAGAAGCUCUCAAAAAUCUGGCAUCCAAAAGCGGUUGGGAGAUUACAACCACCUUGGAGAAGAUAAAAAUAUACACCCUGGAGGAGCAAGAUGCCAUAUCAGUUAAGGUUGAAAAGCACGUUGCCAGUCCAGCACACACGGCUUAUCAUCUCUUGUCUGACCUCACAAAGCGACCUUUAUGGGACCCCCAUUAUAUAUCUUGUGAAGUCAUAGAGCAGGUGAGCGAGGACGAUCAGAUAUAUCACAUCACCUGCUCGGUGGUAAAUGGAGACAAACCCAAAGACUUUGUGGUACUUAUGUCACGAAGAAAGCCCCUCAAAGAUGACAACACCUACGCUGUGGCUCUAACGUCAGUUGUGCUGCCGUCUGUCCCGCCGUCUCUACAGUACAUCAGAAGCGAGGUCAUUUGUGCUGGGUUUCUCAUCCAAGCUGUCGACAACAAUUCGUGCACUGUGGCAUACCUGAACCAGAUGUCAGACAGCAUCCUCCCUUAUUUUGCUGGCAAUAUUGGUGGCUGGUCAAAAUCCAUUGAGGAAGCCGCAGCCUCUUGUAUAAAAUUUCUAGAGAAUGCCACUCAUGAUGGACUGAAAAGUGUGCUAUAAAUGGUCAACUCUCAAUUACCUGUAAUUUAAUUCCAAGUGUGUCCUUAGCCUUUUUACUUGGCAAGCGUUAGGACCAUACAAUGAUUUACUAUCAGCCUAAGCAAAACGCAGUUAUGAAGAGAUUAAAAACCAAAGUAUAUUCUGGUGAUUUGGAGCUGAACUACAAGAUGUCUAAAGCGUCACUGUGUGGACACUGGGAAAUUGCCUAGAUACGAUAUUAUGUGAUGUAUAAAAUGGGGUAAAACUAGUUAAAACAUAUCCCAGACGGCUCUAGAUUACAGAAACUCAAUGUGUGCUCUGCAGUGAUGAGUUUAUGAAAUGCAAAAUGGUGGGUUAAAAGCUGAGGAGUUAUUCCACGGGCAGCAGACACCUUUGUCAGGGGUCUCUGAGAAGAUGUAUUCCAUGUUUUAGAACUUUAAAUUAGGAAGCAUUAAAACAUAAUGGGAUCCAAUCAGUUUUAGUAAUAGGAACUACUUUCCUCUUGUCGUUUUACAUAUAUUCCAGGUAGAUGGCCAAUUUAGUAUCUAUUUCUAUACACGCACACGCUGAGCACCUGUAAAGUGUGAUAUUACAGAGAGAAUAAGAAGUGAGCCCCUCUGCUUUGUCUCUAUUCCAUUAGUCCUCUGUCGCCUACAUGUCAGCAUUUAUCAUUCUACACCAUGAUGUGUCUUAACUCAUAAGAGCAAACAGAAUGUGUCGGGUGAGCCUUCUUCAAAGGAUGACUUUUACAAAUGGAAGGAGAUCGCCAUCAGAGUUGAGAGCAAGAGACAGGCUAGGGCUAUCCCGCUUUGCGCUCACCGUAUCUCCACCUCUGCUCCCCUGCCUGCUCCCACAUGCCCACUUGAAUAAUCUGGGACUAGGUACAGUUUUUUACUUAUCUGCCUUAAGAUUUUCCUGUAUGUGAACUUUAGAUCAUGUUCUAAGUUUAUAAAUUACUAUUUAUAUAUCAUAAGAGUAGAUGCACAGAAUAAAACAUUCUAGAACUAAAACAACUUCUGGAAAUGUUUUAAUUCUAAAAGUUAAAAGAUUUAGUAAUAAGGGGCUUAUAUGACACGACAACUUAGUGUUCAAUAACCUUUAAUAAAAUGGAGCCAUCAUAACUGCACUUAUACUAAAAGCUGGGAAUAUGAGCUCCUCCUGACAAUGUCUUACCGUGCUGGGCUUGCCUUUGUCCCUUCUUCCUGAAGGGAGUAGAGUUGAUGCAGUGCCUACUGGUACCAAUGAGCUAAGCUGAGGUGAAUUUUGUAGACGCUGUGAGGAGCAUUAGCUAUGUAUGGUUGGCCUUCUGUCUUGAACAGGAGGAGUACUGCAGUAUUGUGACACGGAUAGUAGAUGACAAACACAGGCAUGGAAAACAUGGAUCCAUUGGAUCUGAGGAUGAUUGUUCAUUCUCCUGACAGGACUAAUUUCAACAUGAUACACAAAGUGCUGCAGGAAACAGUUUAUAACUUACAUAAUUCUAGAAUUUUCCACUGACUAUCUCCAGACAGUGGUUGGUGAAGUGAUAGGCACACUGGGUUGGCUAGGUGACACGGACAUCGUCUACACCCACCUACAUUCAUCGUUACCCUCACUAAUGCCUUAAAACUAAAUGAAUUUGUAGAAGCAGGUCUUCAGCCACCAGCCACCAUUCUAGUACUGCUGGUUGCAUGAGGUUGGCACCAACGAAAAUGGGAGGUGCAGGCCCGAGACAUGACCAUCUACACUGUUCAGUCUGAGUCCAGGCAUGAGACAUGUCCAUCUUCACGGACUGUUCAGUUUGUCCGACUUCUAGGGAGUAGGAAGGUCUCACUGUUUCCCCAAUUUCACUUAACCUCCUUCCUUGGUCUUCUUUGGCUGUUUCAAAACUAAACCUAGUGUCCAAAACAAUGUUACAGAACAUUCAUUGUUAACCACAAUAGCCCUGGGUUUGCAUUGUCUUAAAAGCCUUUUAAUGACAUUUAAUUUGUUUUCUGUGUGAUCAUCUGAUUGGUAGGGGCAUUGUCACUAACCUGUGUGUAGAUCAGAGAACAAUUUGUGGGAGCCAGCUCAAUCCUUCUACCAUGUGGAUCCCAGAGGUUGAACAGAUGUCAUCAGGUUUUACCAUGAGUCCCUUUACCUUACAGUGAGCUAUCCUUGUGGGUCACGUAUUUCCAUUCACUGUACUGAGAUCUUUUCUGCUAGGUACCUCAGUGCUCUGCAGCUUCUGCAAGCAGUUGGAAUGAACUUAUUAUACAUAAAUAAAAUGAAUAAAUGAUACGCAA